GAGGAGUGCAGCAAUGGCCAUCUUGUUCGUUGUGGCGUUAUUAUUUCUUGGGGCGAAUGCACGUCCCAAUGGUGGCUGGCAGCAAGGUCCGCCAAUGGGAGGACCCAUGCCAGGGCCAAGUGGAGGACGUUGGCCACCAGGAGGAGGAAGGUUUCCCUCUGGACCAAUGGGAGGAGGAAACUUCCCCCCUGGACCAAUGGGGCCAAGCUGGAACGAUGGUCAAUUCCCACCAAUGCCUGGUCAGAUGGAAGCAUGGCGCCCUGACAGCCCACCUAUGGGUCCAGGGGGUGAAUGGGAUGUUCCGGGCGCUCCUGACUCAGAUGAAACAGAACCUUUCUAUGGACAAGAUCUGAACAUGCCUUGGAGGGAUGACGAACCAUUCGCAAACGGAGAGGGCUUCGGGCCUGCGGAUUUCCCCAGACGGUUUCCACGUCAUGGAGGAUCACAUGGUGGUAGAAGACCACCUCCCAGACCCAGUGGGCCUCGUCACCCUCCUCACCCUCCUCGCCCUCGCCCAGAUGGCGUAAGACCCAACAUCACGUUCGUCCCACUGUUCCGGGCUGCCAAUGUGACAGUGCAGAAUCUCAAUGCUUCUAUGUUCCUGAAAGCGGGAGAGAACGUUUUCAUGUUACCACCAACUGGAGGAAGACCACCGCAGUUUGGGCAUGGACCCCCUGUAUUUGGCCCUCAGUAUUACUUCAAGAUCUUCUACAACCCCAAUGCUACGCAAACGGUCUCGUUUGAAUUUGGGGUUGCACAAAUUCAAUACCCAUCCUCCUUGUGGGCCGGCUCAGAUAGUGACGAAUAUCCACCAUACUGGAGAUACUGAAGAGACAUCUCCAUCUGCAAUAACAGGUCAAAGAACAGCUGAAGAUCAUGGACCAUUAAAAGAAUUCAACAGCUUUAGCCCACUAUAGGAUUAUAUACCCCUACUUAUUUUAAUGUUACAGUUUAAUGUUUACUGGAUCUAAAACAAUGGAGUGAACCAUUGAACCAGUGGCAUAUUGGAGCAAGGAAUGCAUUUGACUGUGUCUUCUAGGACUGGUGGUUAAGAUUUAAUCUUAGUGAUUAGGUUAGUAGCAGAUGUGUAGAUGGUGGUGGAGGGUCAGUGCAUUAAUUACAGAUUAUUCUGGACUGUCUGUAAUUCAUUCAAUAAACUUGUCAGCAUCCACA